AUGUUGUCAUCAAACAAAAAAUUUACUAUUGCUGUUGAAGGAAAUAUUGGCUCUGGAAAAAGUACAGUACUUGCUUAUCUAAGUAAAUCAUCAUUAUGUGAUAUUGUUGCGGAACCAGUUGAAGCUUGGACAAAUCUCAAUGGAAAUAAUCUUCUAGCAAUGCUUUAUAAUGAUCCACAUCGAUGGGGUUUUGCAUUUCAAGCAAAUGCUCAGAUGACACUUGCAAGAUUACAUGCACAACCAUCGAAAUCACUUAUUAAAGUUAUGGAACGAUCUAUUUAUAGUACAAGAUAUUGUUUUGUUGAAAAUCUUUAUCGAAAUAAUAUUCUUGAAAAUGUUGAAUAUGAAAUUUUAAACGAUUGGUUUCAAAUGCUUACAUCGAAUGAUUCAUGUCAUCUUGAUUUAAUUAUUUAUCUUCGAGCACAACCAGAAACAUGUCUUGAACGGAUAAAAUCUCGUAAUCGACCCGAAGAACAAUCUAUAACUAUUGAUUAUUUAAAACAAUUACAUGAACGUCAUGAAGAAUGGCUUUCACCACAAACUCGAACGUCAACAACACCUGUACUUAUUGUUGAUGCCAAUCAAACAAAAGAACAUGUUUAUAUUGACACAAGUGCAUAUGUGUCAAAUCUAGCUUCUUGUUAA